AUGGCUUUAGCAGAUAUUUUGCAUGAUCGAACGGCUCGUUAUUUUGAUUUAGUUAAUAAUCCUGAAUUAUUAAAAGGAAUAGAUGGUCUUCCAAUAGCUGAUUCAGACUUUAAAGAUUUUCCAGCUAAAGGAACAAAGAUUCCAGAUAAUUGGGAUGUUAGUUUUGGUGAUGUUCUUAAUUGGUCAAAAGGACGUCCAACAGAAGCUUAUUUUGUUAUGGAAGAUCGAACAUUAUUAAAAAAUCCUGAUCGUACUGGUUCAGGUUAUUUAACUAUUCCAUUUAUUAUUACUAAAAAUACUCGAAAUGCUUUGCUUAAAUAUGAAUAUGUCAUAAAUGGUAUUGGUAAAGAUUAUGUAUCGACAGUAGAAAUGCAUCCUGAUGAUGUAUUUAUUGUAAAACAUUGGGGUCAAGUGCCUAGUGAAAUGCAUUCACGUAAUGUGGAAUUUAUUUAUGAUCCACUUGAAGAAUUUCUUUAUGUAAAUAUUCCAUAUACAUCAAAAUCAAAAGAAUUUAAAUUAGGUUCAACAACAAUGAAAGAUAUUGAAACAUGGUUUUCUGGUGCAUUAGAAACUCAAGCAUCUUUUCGAGUUAAAUAUGAUUUUUCAGGUCCACAAUUUCAAAAAUAUCAUGAUUUAUAUCGAUUACAUGAAGAAGAUUUCUCAUUACCAAAAACAUGGUCUGCUGAACCUGGUACAACACAUGUGGGUCAUGACUUUUGUCGUGGUGAAUGGAUUUUUCAUGGUGAUCAUAAACAUUUGCAUGAAGCGAAAAAGAAUAUACAAGAUUUUUAUAAGGAUCUGGUUAUUGGCAUUGAAGAUAUACCACAUACAACAGUUUCAAUUGUUUAA